AUGGGCUCCCUCGACGGCGCCGCCGGGCCGGGGAGCUACAAGCGCGCGAUGGCGGCGGCGCCGGCUCCCGCGCCCGCGCCCCUGCCGCUGCCGCGCGCCGCGGCGCGGAGGCCGGGCCUGAGAUCCAGGCUCGCGCGCGUCCUGCUCGUCGACAAGGUGGACUACCUCCAGUGGAUCGGCACCGCCGCAGCCUUCUUCUUCGUCACCAUCCUCGUCGUCGCCUUCCUCCCCGGAUCGCUCGUCCUCGACACCCCCGCCAUGCCGCUCCCCUCCAGGCGCGCCAGCGCUGGCGGGGUCCGGAGCAGGACCCACCCCUUGCUGCCUUCCGACCUGGACAGCGGCGAGGGCCUCGCGUUCGAGCCGACCAGGCUGCGGGAGAGGUGGGCGAGGGAGCGGAGGGAGGAGGCCGAGAGCUCGGCGGACCUCGGGAGGCCCGUGAAGAGGGCCGGGGCCCGCAAGCCGCGCCUCGCGUUGGUGUUCGCGAAUCUCGCCCCCGGCGCAAUGCAGCUUCAGAUGGUCAGCGUCGCGUCCGUGCUGGAGGCGAUGGGGUACGAAAUGAAGGUUUUCUCAUUUGAGGAUGGCCCAUGUAGUAAUAUUUGGAGGACCAUCGGCAUACCAGUUGAGAUCUUACCUGUGGACACAAAAUUACUUACUUCUGUAGAUUGGCUAGACUAUGAUGGCAUGCUUGUAAAUUCAAUUGAAGCAAGGCCAGUAUUUUCAAGUCUUCUGCAGGAGCCUUUCAAAUCCAUACCUAUCAUUUGGACUGUUCAAGAGAGUUCCCUUGCUCAUUGUGUUAGUGACUACAAUUCUAGUGGAAUGAGUCAGGCCCUAGGUGGUUGGAAAGAAGUCUUCAGCAGGGCAAAUGUUAUAGUUUUUCCCAACUACAUAUUGCCGGUGAUGUAUGCUGCACUUGAUUCUGGCAACUAUUUUGUGAUUCCAGGUUCCCCUGCAGUAGCCAUUCAAGCUGAUAGAUUCAUUGCCAAAAGUUAUGACCAGGAUGUGAGAAUCGGCUUUAAUUUAGGUCCAAGGGAUUUUGUAAUUGCUGUAGUUGGUAGUCAAUUUUCAUAUGGUGGACUUUUGAUGGAAGAGGCAUUUGUGUUGCAAGCAGUAGGACCUCUUCUGCAGCAGUAUCCUUCUGAGAAUAGCACACAGACUGGUCUGAAAGUGAGAAUCCUGAUGGGAAAUGUAACUGAUAAGCAUAGAAUGGCACUUGAGGCCAUCGCUUUAAACGUUGGCUUUCCAAGAGGUGCAGUGGAACAUGUUGCUCUUGAAGAUACGGACAAUCUCCUUGGCAUAUCUAACCUUGUCAUAUAUGGUUCUUGCCUUGAUGAGCAAUCCUUCCCCAGUGUGCUAGUCCAAGCCAUGAUUCUUGAGAAGCUGGUUAUAGCUCCGGACCUUGGAAUGAUCACGAAAUAUAUUGAUGAUGGGAUAAAUGGUCUUCUUUUUCCACGGAAAAAUAUUGCCAUGUUAACUCAAGUUAUACUGCAAGCAGUAUCAAAUGGGGAACUAUCUGUUCUAGGGAAAAAGGUUGCAUCAGUGGGUAAAGCCCGUGCCAAGGAUCUCAUGGCUUCUGAAGCCAUUGAAGGCUAUGCUGUACUGUUGGAAAAUGUUCUCAAGUUUCCUGCUGAAGCACUAACCCCGUUAACCUCUGGAGAGAUACCUUUGGCUUUGAAACAAGAGUGGAAAUGGCAUCUAUUUGAGGAUGUGAAGCAUUUAUACCAUAUGAAUGAGAGUUUGACUGACUGCAAGAUACUCCAGAAAAUAGAGGAGUGGCAUACCAACCGGAAGGUUGAUCCUCCACAAAAGAUUGAUGAAGCGUUCUCUGCUAUUGCAUGGAAUGAAGAACGAUUAAAUGGGAUUAUGGACGCCAAAAUGAAAUUGGAAGAAGAGGAGUUGAAAGAGAGGAGUGACCAACCUCAUGGAACAUGGGAGGAAGUGUAUAGAAAUGUCAAAAGGGUGGACAGAAUGAAAAAUGAAUUGCAUGAAAGAGAUGAAAAUGAGCUUGAACGGACAGGUCAGCCACUUUGUAUAUAUGAACCCUUCUUUGGUGAGGGGACUUGGCCCUUUCUACAUCAAGGCUCUCUGUAUCGUGGAAUUGGCCUGUCUUCAAAAGGUCGAAGACCUGGAGCAGAUGACAUUGAUGCAUCUUCUCGUCUCCCACUGCUCAACAAUGGGUACUACAGAGAUAUUCUUGGUGAAUUUGGAGCUUUCUUUGCACUGGCUAACAGGAUUGACCGGAUACACAAGAAUUCCUGGAUAGGAUUUCAGUCCUGGAGGACGACUGCAAGAAAGGUUAACUUGUCAAAAAAUGCUGAAUCUGCAAUAUUGGAAGCUAUUCAAACUCAAAAGCACGGAGAUGCCUUCUAUUUUUGGGUUCGGAUGGACCAAGAUCGAAGAAGUCAUGCCAAUCAAAAUUUCUGGUCCCUCUGUGAUGCAGUUAAUGCUGGGAACUGCAGGUUAGCUGUUUCAGAGGCUUUUCAAAGGAUGUAUGGCUUGCAGCUUGAUGAAGAUUUGAAUUCUCUGCCUCAUAUGCCUAAUGAUGGAGACACUUGGGCUGUGAUGCAAAGCUGGGUUUUGCCUACGAGAUCGUUCCUGGAAUUUGUAAUGUUCUCAAGGAUGUUUGUAGAUGCACUGGAUGCACAAAUGUACGACAAGCAUUAUCAAACUGGGCAUUGCAUUUUGAGUAUCCACAGGGACAAGCACUGCUACUCUCGUGUUCUUGAGUUGAUUGUGAAUGUCUGGGCGUUCCACAGUGCACGGCGGAUGGUCUAUGUGAACCCAGAGACAGGUGCAAUGCGGGAGCAGCAUCCGCUUGAUGGCAGGAGAGGUCGGAUGUCAAUCCAGUGGUUCUCCUAUGCAACUCUGAAGAGCAUGGAUGAAGACUUGGCCGAAGAGUAUGAUGCGGAUCACCCUGAGAGAAGGUGGCUGUGGCCACAUACUGGCGAAGUGAUGUGGCAAGGUCUGUACGAGCGGGAGAGGAACAUGCGGCAGCAGGAGAAGGAGCGGAGGAAGCAACAGACCAAAGACAAGAUCCAGAGAAUCAGGAAGAGAGCUCGGCAAAAGACGAUAGGGAGGUAUAUAAAACCAGAUGAUGCCGGUCGCUUAAACGACACGGUAACAGUAGAUUGAGUAGCGUUUAACCACAUAGCUAGGGCGAUGAUUCUUUCUCCAGGAAAUUUUGUUCAUUCUUUGUUCCAGCUAAUGUCCUAACUGGUUGCGCCCUGGUGGGUGUGAUUAUUGUGUCCAGUUUUGCCCUGUAACGUGACUAGCCAUCAAGUUGUGGCUUAGGUUCGUAGGUGUACAUUUGGUUUUGUGAUGGAUACACAGCUCUUUUGCUCGCCAGUUAACUAACUGCAAGGUGCACGAGAAGUGGUUCUGAUUUCUGAA